AUUGACUUCACUUUGUGUAGUGGCUUGUUGUUUGCUCUAUGUCUGGUCCUUAUCUUCUUUGGAUUCUCCUGUAUCAUUGUAUAUGCUACAAUUGGCUACAGCUAUAUUCUGGACUGUGUAUAUGGAGGACUUGCUGCCCUGGUCUUCUCCCUGUUCCUGAUCUAUGACACACAGAUGAUUGUUGGUGGAAGAAAACAUGAGAUGAGUCCCGAGGAGUAUGUGUACGGGGCACUUCAACUCUACAUUGAUGUUGUAUACCUUUUCCUGAUCAUUCUCUCCUGUUUCGGAAAGUCAAAUUAGUUGUCAUAGAGACAAGCUCUUUGUUCAAGAUGGAUAUUGUUUGUAACUGAGAAAACUUUGAUGUUUAAUAAUUUAAUUCUUUUGAUCAUUAAAUAAGUAAAAAAAUUCCAUAGAGCAAAGAAAGAAAAUAUAGCUUCAUAAAAUGAUUUGGUUCAUUUGAAAAGAAAGUUGGAAGAUAUUAUUGAU